AUGGAGAUGGACCUUACCCCCGCAACCAUAACCACAUCCCUUCGCCAUAUGAACCGUGUACAAGCGCUUGACAUGUGGCUCAAGGACGCAGAGGACCUGAAUAGACAUGCGGAGCCACUCUCGCUUCCCGCCCCUCUUCUCACCGAUUUCAAGCUAGAGUUGGGGCGGGCCGCCUCAAGUUCCCCGGGCCGGCUCCCUGACAAACUCUUGGGAUUGUGCGCUCCUCAGCUUCGCAGACUUCGCCUCCACCGUAUCUCGGUGAACUGGAAUGUAAUCGGCCACUUCUCUCUAGCUCAAAGCUUGAUUCAUCUCGAAAUCCGCUCCUUGCCUUCUGAUGGAUUCCCCGAAGUGCACCAGUUCAUCACGGCGCUGGCAGCAAUGCCUACACUGCAGUUUUUGUUGGUUGAGGCUCAGCCUUCGAGGUCCAGGCGACUCGCACCGCAACCUGUGAAGCGGGUUCGUGAUAUGGCCGUACUUGACCAGCUGGUCUUGAUGGAACUGUCCGCGCCUGGCCCGAUCAUAUGCGGAUUAUUGCCUUACAUCAGAAUCCCGCCCUCAACCACCGUAUCACUCCAACUCCAUCACACCACGCAGCUAUGCGACUUCGCAUCGCUGGCAGAUUUCCUCGGCCAUCACACUGCAGACCGCGACGGGGAUCCACCCGUUCGUCGUGUGUCUCGGACGCAGACACAUGUCAUCUCUCUUCCGGGACUGUGGUCGUCUGUCCACGGCGAGAUCAUCGGCAGGAUAUGCCCUUACGGGGUGGAGGCGCUCGAAUUUUGGCUGUCCGAGGACGAACUCGAAGAUCCCGUCGUGCGGCUCAUCACGCACUGCGCGGCUGUAACGGACCUCACCCUGCGGUCGCUGGAGGCGUGCGAGGCCGUCAUACCAGCGCUCACGCCUGAAGCCGAAGGAGGCUCCCUACUCCCAAAGAUGCGGUGGCUGCAAAUCAAUCUAGAGGAUUGCGAACCCUCGGGCGAGCUGCUGGAGCACCUUGCGACGCUGCUGAGCGAGAGGAACAGAGCGUCGGAUGGCAUGUUGAAACUUUACCUCAUAAAUGACAGGAGCAUGACGUUCGAUGAGUUGGACGGACUACGAGAAGCGGCCGGGCGCUCAGAUCUGGUCAUAUCCAGGUAUCCAGGGAGGAAUGAAUCAUCUGCUUCAAGUAGUACGUCCAAACAUCGGGUGUGCAUGUAA